AUGUUUCUGGGUGUGCUCGUUGUCCUUGUUUCAGUAUGUCGUGCCGCACUGUCAGGAUCUUUGCCAGUACCAAAGAACGAGAGUCAACUGUUUAAAGAUAUCUUCAGGAAUUACGACCCUCUGGUUUGGCCAAACCAAAACAAUUCUCCGAACUGGACCAUUGACGUCUGGAUGAGUAUUAACUCGUUGGUGGAUCUCAACGAAAAGGAUCAAGUUCUAAGUCUGUCUGCCAUUUUUGACCUGACUUGGAAGGAGCCUCUUCUCAAAUGGAAUCCGAAGGAAUACAACACGGAGGUCAUCUAUGUGCCAACAGACAAGCUCUGGCUCCCAGACGUCAUCGUGCAGAAUGCCGUUUCCAAUUACGGCCAAAUUGGUAACAGGAACUUGAAAGUCUAUCUGGAGUCGACAGGUACCAUAGUAUGGUUUCCUGGCGAUUUUUACAAGACCUACUGCAAGGUAGAUGUCCGUCACUAUCCUUUCGACACCCAGUCCUGCAAGCUGAUCCUGCAGCAGUUGAGCUGUAAAAGGAAAAUUGUAAACCUUGAUCUAGCUCCAGAACCGGUAUUGCACAUGAAGUAUGAGGAAAAUGGCGAGUGGGAGCUGGAAGAAAUAGUUCCACAAAAGGUUUGGCAACACAGGGGCCGUCAUUUCCGUGUGGAAUUCACCUUAAACAUAAAACGUAAGACCCUGUUCUACAUUAUCAACAUGAUCCUGCCAAUAGUGUUUCUGUCUCUAUUGAACUCCCUCGUCUUUGCUCUGCCUGCCAACUCGGGAGAGAAGAUCACCCUCUGCAUCUCUGUUAUGCUUUCCUAUGCUGUGUUCCUCACACUCGUCAACGACGCUCUUCCCGAGAACUCAGACGGAGUAUGUUACUUCAGUGCCUAUCUAGCUACUGAAAUCUUUCUCAGCAUGGCGGCCACCAUCGUCACCGUUGUCAACCUGGCAUUCCACCACCGAGACCCAAGGUACAUAAGGGCAACCCGCUUGCUGACGUAUCUCUUGCCAGACAAGAAGAUCAAGAUCCUUGCUGAUGACAUAGUCAAAGUCAAAACCAUUGACCAGGCUCCCGAUACACAUGGAGAUAGCACCGGUAUUAAAGUGGUUCUUGGGUCGGACAUCGCUGCCGCGCUUGAUAGACUCGGCUUUAAGGUGUUCACCAUUGUCAACAUUCUUGCCAGCAUGUCCUUCUUCUAUGCCAUGUGUGGACUGUACUGA